CCGGGUCCAGGACCCAGUUGGGCGGGGCCCAGGCGCAGAGGACAGUGGGACCGCCAUGGUGGGGACGCGCAGGGCCGAUGUGAGCCCUGAGGUCAGCGGCCCUGUCACUCUGGACAGCUGAGGGUGACCUCGGAGUUCCACAUGCGACUUGAGCCUCAAUUUCUCUGCCGGUCAAAGGGACCUGAUUCUGAGGCUGCUGUCUCGACCUCUGCAAGUGGGGCUGGAGUGCAGGUCUGUCCCUGGUGGAAAUGGACCAGAGAGGUGAAGACACCAGCAAAGGGCCACAUAGUAGGUAAUGAUGAAAUUUGAACUUAUCUUUGUUCCCCCAAGGACCCAGAACCCAUGCCUCUCACCCCACAAAGCCAUAAAGUUUUCAUUAUGUAUUUUCUGUGUGUAGGGCUUUGUGCAUGCCUUGCCUGUGCACCUCAGGAUACCCCUCAGGACUCACUCUCAGGGGUUCCCUUCCUCUUUGUGUCCUAUGCCCUCAGGCUGUUGGAUGAUGAGACAGCUCAGGACCCUGGAUCCAGCCUGGGGGAACUGGGCCAGCAGAACGUGGUGAAGCGAGUGGUGGCCUUACCCCUGGUCAGGGCCACAUGCACAGCUGUGUCUGGUGCUUACAACUCGGCCAAGGACAGGCACCCUCUGCUGGGCUCUGCCUGUCGCCUCGCUGAGCACUGUGUGUGUAGCGUGACCACCUGCGCCCUGGACCAUGCACAGCCGCUGCUGGAGCACCUGCAGCCCCAGUUGGCCACAGUGAAUGAUCUUGCCUGUAGGGGACUGGACAAGUUGGAAGAAAAGCUGCCCUUCCUGCAGCAGCCUUCGGACAUGGUGGUGACCUCAGCCAAGGAUGCAGUGGCCAAUAGCAUCACGGGCGUGGUGGAUCUGGCCCAGAAGGGACGGCGUUGGAGUGGGGAGCUGAGGCGUUCCAUGAGCCAAGCCAUGGACAUGGUGCUGGGCAAGUCAGAGGAGCUGGUGGACCACUUCCUGCCCAUGACCGAGGACGAGCUAGCGGCCCUGGCAGCUGAGGCCGAGGGUCCAGAAGUGGGCUCUGUGGAGGAGCAGAGGCGGCAACAGGGCUACUUUGUGCGUCUGGGAUCUCUGUCCGCACGCCUCCGCCAUUUGGCCUAUCAGCACUCUUUGGGGAAACUGAGGCAGAGCAAACACCGCACCCAGGACACUCUGGCCCAGCUGCAGGAAACCCUGGAAGUGAUCCACUGUAUGCAGAGUGGGGUGAGCCUCACCCCCACUGCCCAUCCCCCAAAGGUGCAGGAGCUGUGGGGGGGCUCGAACCCAUGGCCGGAGAAUGGGUGCAGCCACAACCAGGUGGAGCUGGAGACGCUGGCCCUGUCUCGCAGCCUGACCGUGGAGCUGCAGAGUGCAGUGGAUGCCCUUGCAGGCUGUGUACGGGGCCUGCCACCCGGUGCCCAGGCCAAAGUGGCUGAGGUACAGCGCAGCGUUGACGCCCUGCAGGCCGCCUUCGCUGAUGCACGCUGCCUUGGGGACGUGGCACCCACUGCUCUGGCUGAGGGCCGGGGCAGCGUGGCCCGGGCACAUGCCUCUGUGGAUGAGCUACUGGACUUGGUCCUGCGGGCUCUGCCACUGCCCUGGCUUGUGGGGCCCUUUGCACCAAUCCUGGUGGAGCGGUCGGAGCCCCUGGUGGACCUGGCCACUUGUGUGGAUGAGGUGGUGGGCGACCCGGACCCCCGCUGGGCACACAUGGACUGGCCAGCCCAGAAGAGGGCCUGGGAGGCUGAGCAUGCAGAUCCAGGAGCAGGAGAGGCCGAGCCUCGCGUCAAGCACACACUGAUGCCAGAGCUGGACUUCUGACCACUGGGGCCCCUACUGUCCUCUGGUGGUCACAUGCCAACACUUACCUAGGCCAGGGCUUCUGCUUCCUUCCCUGCUACAAGAUGACUUUGAGGUCUAAGUUGACCCCAGUAGGCUACUUUCAGCCCCUCAGAGGAGACUCUUCUUCACCUAUGAUCCCGUCCCCACCCCCAAAGUUGAAACGCAGAGGCUGAGGCAGGAGGAUUCUGAGUUUCAGACCAGCUUGAGCAGCCU